UCCAGUUCUUGCUGUCAUACAAUGGACUACAAGCAACAGACAAUGGACUACAAGCAACACACACAACAAAACAUCUGUGUUUUUCCAGGCACUGGAAACGACCACUGCCGCCUGAAGUAUGUCAACUUUGAGGUUGCUGAAAACACCAUUUCACAUGAGACGCAGGGCCUCAGCAAAGAUAUCCUGGUGGUGCGACGAGGGAAACCAUUCAAAAUCACUCUGAUGUUCACCAGUGACUUGUGGGAUCCUCGCACCGAGCGCCUGGUCCUGGAGGUUUGUCUAGGCAAUAUGUCAGAAAAGAUGCCAGUCCAGUUUUCUGACAAGUGUUCCAAUCCCGGUGGAUGGUCAGCCAAUAUCUACCAUGGCGACAUGCAUCUUCAGUCAGGUGCCAUCCACAUCUGCUCCCCUGUUCUAUCCGCAGUGGGUAUGUAUGAUCUCUUUCUCCACAUAGAGAGCAGUUAUCACAGAAGGAGCUACGCGGUGGGAUCAUUUGUGCUGCUCUGCAACCCUUGGCUGAAAGAUGAUUCUGUGUACAUGCCACAGACUUCCAAGCUAGAGGAGUACAUCAAGAGCGACUAUGGGCAGCUGUACAUGGGCAGCCAUUUAAACAUUAGUAUGCGACCCUGGUCAUUUGGUCAGUAUGAGCCUGGAGUCCUAGAGGCAUGUCUGCAGCUCCUGCAGGUCAGCCCACAGCACCACAGUGACAAAAACAGUGACUACAUUCGACGAGUAGACCCUGUCUACAUCAGCAAGGUGAUCUGUGCUAUGGUGAACUGUAAUGAUGACCUGGGUAUUCUAAAGGGGAAGUGGCAGGGGACCUAUAAAGAUGGUGUCAAGCCUACAGAGUGGAGUGGCAGCGCUGACAUCCUUCACCAGUGGGUCUCGUCCAAAUGCAGGCCUGUGCGCUAUGGGCAGUGCUGGGUCUUUGCGUCUGUCCUCUGCACAGUGAUGAGGGUGCUUGGGGUUCCUUCCAGGGUCGUGACAGUCUUUAACGCCGCCCAUGAUGGUAAUGGCAACCUGAAAAUCGAAGAAUAUUACUCGACCAAGGGGGAAAAGCUCAGCCUGUCAAAAGACAGCAUUUGGAACUUUCAUGUGUGGGUGGAGUGCUGGAUGAGGAGACCAGAUCUUGGUGAAGAGUUUGAUGGUUGGCAGGUAGUGGAUCCGACCCCCCAAGAGAAGAGUGCAGGUAUAUACAGCUGUGGCCCUUGCCCAGUAGCUGCCAUCCUGCAGCGUGACCUAGGCACCCCCUAUGACACCGGGUUCGUCUAUGCCUCUGUUGAUGCUGACAUCAUACGGCUGAUUGUGCGCAAUGGACAGGUGGUGGGGAGGAUGGAGGACACGAAGUCAGUGGGACAGAUGAUUUGCACCAAAAGUGUCAACUCGGAUAAACCAGAGAAUCUGACAGAGAGUUAUAAGCGUGAGAAAAUACCAAUGAUGGGGAGCUUUGCAUAUGAACCAAUGCCAAUGAUGAUGAGCUCGGCAUGUGAACCAAACGCAAUGCGUAUGCGGUGCAAAGCACUAGAAGUGAAAGAGGAAAUGUCAGCUGGCUUGGAGGUGUCCCUAAGCAUCAAUGGGGAGCCAACAGUUGGUGAAGAAAUUGCCUUGUGCGUGACGGUCACAAACUACUCAAGUGGCUCCAGGGUCCUGAUGGAGCACCUCAGCGCUCAGGUGAAGGGGUACAACAGCAGCCCACAGGAGAGCUUCUGGAAAACACACAAAGAAGUGCACAUAAAGCCAGGUCAAGCUUUAAUGCUCCAACACACCAUCCUUCCCUCUCAGUAUGAGUCAGUCCUGGCAGGUGAUGACAUUGUGAACGUGGCAGUGGUGAUAAAGGACGUGAGGACCAAAGAAAGAGUCCUGGCUGCACAGGAAUUCAGCAUAAGCUCACCAAAGAUUACUAUUGAGAUUGAAGGAGGGGACAGCGUCCACAUGAAGAAGGAUUGCACAGCCCAGGUGUUCUUUAUCAAUACAUUUAAGAAAACUCUGAAUGGAGCUGUCCUGACUGUAGAGGGAUCUGGCUUGUUACAGGGCAAACAAGAGGCCAGACUGGCUGUCCUGCAGCCAGGAGACAAAAUAGAGAAGAAGGUGUCCAUCAUGGCCAAUUCACCUGGCACUAAAGUGCUGAUGGCCACUUUCUCACACAGCAACAGCCCAAGCGUCGUUUGCAGGGGCUUCCAGAAAGUCUCUGUCACGACUGACUGACCGGAGAGAACGUCCUCCACAAAAGCUUCAACAACAACAAAAAACAAACAAACUCUUGAACCUUUUGAGUAAUGUUAGACCAACAGCACACAUUUAUGUCUUAGCACUUUUUUUAUAUCUACCUUCCUAACCCAAAUUAUAUGUAGUUAUCAGUGCGGUGUACAGAGCUUUCUUUCAGUGAUCCAUUCUGAAUAAUGAUAUAUAUCAUCAUAUAAUAUUUCUGUAUUUGUUACCUUUGUUAUAUGUAUUGCAUGUGAAUAUAAUAUUUGCAUCAAUGGGGUAGU